ACUAUUUUCUGUUCCUUUCUUCCUUCUGAUCAGUGGAACUUCUUGUUGCCCUUCCAAGGUGUUGUUACAUUCUGUGAAACAGGGAUUUUGACUGAACAGUUAAAGGGCUGAAUCUGUAAACUCGCUCCACAAUCAUGGAUAAAGAUUCUGGCAUCGAAGAGACUGUUGAUAUGAGGAAUGGUGUGGAAUUGGCAACAUCAGUCUCUUAUAAGCAUCUUGACCUUCUAAAACCAUUCACACGAAGUUAUUCAAUUUUUAGAGGUCAAACAACAGAUGAUACAGACCAUGAAAAGGGAAAGUAUACCCUAAUUAGGGAUCCAGAGGACUUCCAAACAGGACUUUAUGACAAACCCCUUCCAUGUUAUGGCUGCGGAAUUGGGUGGUUCUCAUUUCUUAUUGGAUUCCUAUGUCCACCUUUGUGGUACUAUCCAACACUUCUCUAUUUUGGAAAUUACUAUCGGAAGGAUCCUAGGGAACGGGCAGGGUUGGGAGCCUCAGCAAUUGCUGCUUUAGUAUGCACAGUAGCAUUGCUGAUCAUAGGAGCUAUUCUUCUGUUACGGUCCCUCUGAUGCUACUUCUGCGAAGAAAAUGAAAAUUCAAAGAUAAUUUAAACGAGUACAUAAUAAAAUAUGAAGAAAAAAGAAGCUUGAAGAUUGUUGGUGGAGUAAGAUCGGCAAGAUAUCUCUAGGUUGUGCGCAACUUGAGAGAAGCAUGGAUAAAUCUUAGCCUUAUUUUGUAAAUUUUUGUGUUAAGUAAACACAAUAAAUCUGUCAAGUAAGUUGUUUUGAGACUCACAUCAUCAUAUUAUCGGUAUUGUUUUGACAUUGAGACUUUCAUGAAUUCUUGGGUUACUCAUUUUUCUAAAAUGUUAUCUUCAAU